UACCGGAAGAACCCCUGACAGCUUCCGGUUAGGUUUCACGAUGGCCGUGUUGUACACAAACGUGUUUCUCCGUCAGGACUAACUGAUGCACGUGGAUGUCAUGUUUUUGGGGAAACGUGUCUUACAAGAGCAAGCUCAAGUUAAUUUUUGGAAGAAGCAAAAUAUUGAUUUCGUAUAGCAACAAACAAACACUUCUCGGUAUUCAAAUAUAGAGUCUCAUUAGCUACAGUAGCUAGCUGGCUAGCUAACAAAAAGUUGGAGCCAUGUCAGGGCUUACUGUAUUCGUAAAUAAAUUGCCUGUAUCUGCCUCGAAUGAACGACUGGAGGAAAUAUUUUCUGAGAUUGGCCCGCUGAAGCAGUGUUUUGUUGUCAAAGAAAAAGGUGGCGACAAAUGCCGAGGUUUUGGAUAUGUCACCUUCUCAAUGGAGGAGGAUGCAAAGCGUGCUCUGAAACAAGUAUGUCUUUAUGAUGGCCGCAAGAUAACAGUCGAUGUGGCUAAAAGGAAAAUCAUUGACAAGAAGGGUAAAGCACCCGCAAAGCCAGAAACCAAAACGACCGCAGGCACACUGCCAGCCCCUCGAAAAGAGCAGAAAACAAACAUACCGAAGAACUCCCUGAGGAAAGCAAGGCUAAUCAUCAGGAAUCUCAGUUUCAAGUGCUCUGAGGAGGAUCUGAAACAGACCUUUGCCAUGUUCGGGACUGUUCUCGAGGCCAACAUCGCUCUGAAACCAGAUGGGAAGAUGCGCGGCUUUGCGUUUGUCCAGUUUAAGAACCUGCUGCAGGCUGGAAAUGCCCUGAAGGCCAUGAACCUGAAGGAAAUCAAAGGACGGCAGGUUGCUGUGGACUGGGCUAUCGCUAAGGACAAGUUCCUUGCCUCUCAGCCACCCACUGCCUCAGGAAUUACGAAUGGGGAGAAAAUUGCAUCAAAGAAACCAACAGCUAACUCCAAGGAGGAGGAGAAGGAAGAAGAAGAGGAGGAGGAGAAGGAAGAAGAAGAGGAGGAAGAGGAGGAAGAGGAAGAGCAGAAACCAGUCGCACCUCAGAAGAAAAAAGCCUCCUCCAAGCCUGCCCCUCCUCUGCCAGAAGCCCCAUCAGAGGAUGAGAGUGAGGAGGAGGAGGAAGGUGCUGAUGAUGCUGAUGAUGAAGAGGAUGAAGACAACGAUGAUGAUGACGACGACGAUGAUGACGACGAUGAGUCCCGAGAGGGAGAUGAUGAUGACGAAAGUGAUCUUGGGUCUGAUGAGGACGACGACGACGAUGAUGAUGAUGACCCAGGCCGGCCUGCCAGGAAGAAGCGGACCCUCCCCUCUGACGUCAACGAGGGCAAAACCGUCUUCAUCAGGAACCUGUCGUUCGACACGGAGGAGGAGGGCCUGGAGGAGGCGCUGCUGCGCUACGGGGAGCUGAAGUACAUCAAGAUCGUGGUCCACCCGGACACCGAGCACUCCAAAGGCUGUGCGUUCGCUCAGUUCAAGUGCAAAGAGGCAGCGGACAGGUGCAUCAACCUGUCUCAGGACGAGUCGGAGACCGGCGGGAUCCGAGUAGAUGGGAGGAAGCUGAACAUCGUCGCGGCAGUGACCAGAGAAGACGCCAACAAGCUGAAGGACAAGAAGGUGAAGGUGGAGACGGGCACCAGGAACCUGUACCUGGCCAGGGAAGGACUGAUCCGUGCGGGAACCAAGGCAGCGGAGGGCGUACCAGAGGCAGACAUGGCCAAGAGACAGAGGUUUGAGGAGCUGAAGCGGACCAAGCUGCGGGACAUCUCCGUGUUCGUGUCCAAGACGAGGCUGUGCAUCCACAACCUGCCAAAGUCGGUUGACAACAAACAGCUGAGAAAACUCUGCCUGGAUGGGGCUGGGGGAGGCAAGGCAGUCCGCAUCACCGAGUGCAGGGUGAUGUACGACAAGAAGCCAGAGAGGGGUCAGAUCACCGGCCGCUCGCUCGGUUACGGCUUUGUGGAGUUCCAGGACCACGAGCAUGCUCUGAAGACCCUGCGACACCUCAACAACAACCCUCAGAUCUACGGCUCUAAUAAGCGGCCCAUUGCGGAGUUCUCUCUGGAGGACGGGAGGAAGCUGAAGAUGAAGGAGGCCCGACAGCAGCAGAGCAAGCAGCGUUUCAGGAAAGAGCCCGGUACAGGAGGACCACCCCAGACCGGGGGCGGGGCCGGCCCUCAGAAGGGCGUGGCUGGACCGAAGGGUGUCACGGUGAUGGGAGAGGGGCAGGCAAAGACACAGGCCAAGACCAGAGCCCAGGGUCCAAAGCAGGGCCAAGCCCCGAAGCAGGGCCAAGCCCAGGGUCAGAAGCAGGGCCAAACCCAGGGUCAGAAGCAGGGCCAAGCCCAGGGUCAGAAGCAGGGCCAAGCCCAGGGUCAGAAGCAGGGCCAAACCCAGGGUCAGAAGCAGGGCCAAACCCAGGGUCAGAAGCAGGGCCAAGCCCAGGGUCAGAAGCAGGGCCAAACCCAGGGUCAGAAGCAGGGCCAAACCCAGGGUCAGAAGCAGGGCCAAGCCCAGGGUCAGAAGCAGGGCCAAGCCCAGGGUCAGAAGCAGGGCCAAGCCCAGGGUCAGAAGCAGGGCCAAGCCCAGGGUCAGAAGCAGGGCCAAACCCAGGGUCAGAAGCAGGGCCAAGCCCAGGGUCAGAAGCAGGGCCAAACCCAGGGUCAGAAGCAGGGCCAAGCCCAGGGCCAGGAUCAGAAGCAGGCCCAAGUCCAGGGCAAGAAGCAGGCCCAGGGUCCAAAGCCAGGCCAGAAGCGGGGCCAGGAUCAGAUGCAUGGCCAGAACCAGGGCCAGGGCACAUUCUACUCUGGGUUCCACACUAAGCCAGAGGUGGAACACAUAGAACUGGAGGAUGGCAAGAAACGAAGGAAGACUCUACCCUUUCCUUCACAUCGAGGACCCAAGAUCAGACUGAGGGACAAGGGCAAGCCGCAGCCUCCCCAGCCCAAGAAGGCCAGGAACCACCCCAGCAGACGAGAACGUCAGGGAGGGCAGACGCUGGAGAAACCCCUCCAGCCCAGAGCACAGAGCUCUAAGGCGUCCAGGAGGCAGGUCAGGAACAGAGACGACGCCCGCUUUGACAGCCUGGUGGAGCAGUACAAGAAGAAACUGAUGGGAGGCUCCAAGUCCACAGCUACCAAGAGGAGCAAAUGGUUCAGCAGCUAGUGUGUGUGUGUGUGUGUGUGCUUCUGUGAGUUAUGGUGUGUGCAUACAUGAGAACAAGACAAAAUAAAUCCCUCCCCUUGUCUUGUUUAGAAUGUCUGUGGUGAUUGGGAGGAAUCAAGGAUGGAUUUGAGGUCACAUGUGAAAGAUUCAUUCAUUGAAAUGAUGGUUGUAAAUCCACUGUAUUCAACGGCUGGUACCAUCUUUUAGUGUGUACAGUAUCAGCUUUGUUUGACGCAUUGUUAAACUAUGUUCUGUCUAAAGUAUGAAAGUCUGUCAUUCUUCCCCUCAUAUGUCAUGUUUGUUAAAAUUGGCGAGGACUUGUGCAAAAUAUAUCAUUCAUGUAAAUGAGUGGCAUUUUUAAUAAAUCACGUUUUGAGACGUCA